CGGCUCUCAGUGGCAGUACACGCCACAAAAAAAAAUAGCCCAAAAUAUUUUGUGGAAGAGACAAAAUCGGUUGCCCGGAGGAACAUGUCGUCGUCAACGAUGUUCAAACUCUUUCUGCUUUCUGCAGUUUUGAGUUUUUAUCUUUCCAGUGGUCAAAAGGUCAACCCCCUACCGUGCAAGGGCGUGACGCAAGAUGCUACCGUGAGUGAGGUCGAUAUCAUGCCCUGUCCGAAGUUCCCUUGCCAGUUCAAGAGGGGAACCAAUGUUAGCGUAGCAAUAACCUUCACUUUGAACGCGGGAGCCACCACCGCAUCCAGUGCCACGACCGUGGUCCACGGUAUCAUCGGUGGAGUGUCUGUGCCCUAUCCCACGGCCUACACCGACGCCUGCAAAACCACCGGUAUCCACUGCCCGCUGGCACCUGGGGUCAAGAACGUGUACAAGGCGCAGCUGUUUGUGAAACCUGAGUACCCGACGGUCAAUCUGUACGCGAAAUGGGAGCUUCAAGACCAAACGAAGGCGGACAUCUUUUGCUUCGAGAUUCCUGCUGUGAUCGUCUAAUGCUGUUCACACAUAGAGAUGACGAUAUCAGACUUUAAUCCGAGCAUUCCACGCGAUCGUGUAAAUUUUGCAGGCUAAUUUUUCCUACCUUAAAACCCAACCAGCAAAAGGUGUGAAAACGAACGUUUUCUGUGACGCCUUGUGACAUUAGAUCCCUUAAACUAAUACACUUCACCCAAAACUAGUUGGCACCUGCAGUCUCCUGAUGACGUCACACGAACAGGGCAUGCCAUGGGAAACGUUAGUGUUAUCAUCAGGAACACAUAUUACUUAAAAGAAGAGAAUUAUUUCCCAUGGUGUCACCCACAGCGUCCAAUUCUUACCUCACCAUGCAAACCUUCAAAAUCUAAUUAAACAAAAAGUAAUGUCUUUGUUAAUAAAUUUGGUAAAUUUGGGGAAAUUUAUUUGUACUAAACACUCCAUAGUCCAAGCGCGCAUGACUCUUUUGUCUCGAGCCAAUAGUAACAUGUUCGAUGGAUUUAUUGGAAAAUGGUGUCAGUUUUCUCAUUGUGUUUCUAAUUACAAGGAUCCUUUACUUAAUCUUCGCAUGGCAACAGAGGCCUUCACAUAACACUGUGUAUCCUGAAAGAAAAUCUUGCUGGUUUUUAUAAUCAAAAGAUGUGUAUCCUGAAAGAAAAUCUUGCUGCUUUUUAAAAUCAAAAGUCACCAUUUAUCGAACUGAAAAUAUACUGAGCAAUUAAUCCACUUAGAUUACUAUAGGACUGAGCGUAAACAUCUGAAAUUAUUCGCUUUUAUGACGUGCUUUUGGAAAGAUAGUAAUUUGUGCCGCAUCAUCCAUUUCAAUCCAUUAACAUGAGAAAAGAGUCUUUAAAAUAUUAUUCUUAAUUGGCCAAUUAUUAAUAAAGAAUAACAAGCAACUCA